AUGCGACGCCAAUUGGUAUCACGCCAAGGAGCCUCGGACGAGGCAGCGCAGGACACCACUCCUGGCCAGGCACCUACUGUUGCAAGUGCAACCACUAUCCUAUGCGCGGGAGCCCUCCGUCAGCGGGACCCAAAGCUCUUCAGCGGAAUCGGUGACGAUGACAUUGAGGACUGGUUGGAGUCAGUUGAAAGGGUGAGCCUCCACAACAAAUGGGAUGACACCGUGAAGCUCAAUAACGUAAUUUUUUAUUUGACCGACGUUGCAAAACUAUGGUAUACCAACCAUGAGUCAGAGCUGGUGACCUGGCCCCAGUUCAAAGCAAAGAUCCAGGAAGUAUUUGGGAAGCCUGCCCAGCGGAAGCUCGUCGCGAAGAGGACAUUGGCAUCACGCACCCAACUGCACGAUGAAAGCUUCGUUAGCUACAUCGAAGAUGUCCUGAAGUUGUGCAAGCGCGUUGACACCCGCAUGACCGAAGAUGAAAAACUGAAGAACAUCAUGAAAGGCAUUGCCGAAGAUGCUUUCCAGAUCCUUGUCGUCAAAGCGCCAACGACUGUCUCUGAAGUCAUCGACAUCUGCCAGAACUUCUCUGAGCUGCGCCUUCAGCGUUUGCCAGCCAAACGCAAACUGGAACCUUCCGCAGAGCUGGCCAGCCUGACAACUGCAAUCGAAGGCUCCGUCGACAAAUGGGCCGAACUCCGAUGCGUCAUUCAAGACAUCGGUUGUAAAAAACUGGGUAUCUGUCACGGAGUGGGUGGUUAA